AUGUAUCCGUCUCCAACAUCCGCUGAGAGGUCGGAGGAUGAAAUUCGACCCUCAAGGAAGCGCACGGCGAGAGCCUGUGACGCAUGCUAUAAACGAAAGAUUAAGUGCGAUGCAGCUGUGCCACAGUGUAACUGGUGUAGCCACCACAACAUCCCAUGUACAUUUGAGCGAGUCAUUCGUCAAAGACGAAAGGAUAAGACAAAUGGAAAUACCCAACAAAAAGCUACUGGCCUGGCUGAGCGCAUCGAUAGGAUAGAGAAACUCCUGACGGAUAGCUUGUUCAGGGAGCCCACGCCUACAGUGUCUCCCAGCACGUCUGGAUCCAGCGGGUUUGGGAUCAAUUUGCCUGGAAGUUUUCCACCUCUCAGUCAAUCAUCUCUCUCGUCUUCUGUACCGCUACAUUUUGCAGGCCGAGAGCUGAGCGUUGUCAGCUUACUUACAGGCAUUCCACUCCUGCUACCAGAGGGUCAGGAAUGGGUCCAAUCGCGAACUGGGCAAACCGUCGAUGUCCAAAAGCUCUGUCCUGCAAACCCUCCGUGGGAGAAACAACGAGUCCAGAAUUCCUGGGCGAUGUUAAAUCACCUCAAGACGGGAGCUAUAUUUGAUCUCCCGGACAGAGAAAUUUUGAAAAUCCAUCUCGAAAGGUAUCGACAGUCACUCAUGCAGAGCAUAUUCCCCAUUGUAGACCCUGCACUUUUCCAGGAGACCAUGGAUGCGGUCUACCAACAACCCCAAUCCGAUUCUUGCCCUUCACAGUCGAGCUUGAGAGGGUGUAUAUUUGCCUUUUUGGCUUUCUCGUCUCUCAUUAUGAAUCCAUGUACGGAGCAAGGAGUGCCGACCCCUCCACCUGUUGAUGGCGAGAGGUACUUUAUGAAAGCACAUUUCAUGGUACCUCAAAUCUUGCAAGGGACCCCGACGUUGGACGGCGUACAGACACUUACAAUGCUGGCAUUGUCCGAACUAGUCACCGGGAGUCUGCAAUCCGCAAACUAUUUCGGCACUCUCGCCGCACGCAUGCUGUUCAUGCUAGGCGCUCAUACGUGCUCAGAAGACACCGAAUAUCCGAUAUCGUCUGUCAGAGGUCUUGACCCUAGAGUCCAGCGACAACUCAGGAUUAUUUUCUGGCUCUGUUUUACGAUUGAAAAAGAUGUCUGUAUUCGCAUCGGCCAACCUCAGAUAUUCACCGAGGAAAACUGCGACUUGACUCUACCAGCUGGUUACGUGGAACAACUAUAUGCAGGCAUGCAGAUACACCACUGCGAGAACGAACCACCCAACCCCCUAUUCCCCGUCGACCUUCGCCUAAGUAUCAUCAAGUCCCGAGCCUAUAGUGCGCUCUAUUCAUUCAAGGCCCUCAAGAAAACCGACGCCGAACUCCUGAAAGAAAUCCGUGAGCUAGACGAUGAGCUAGAAAGAUGGCGCAUGUCUGUCCCCCUCGAAUGGAGACCGACUCUCUCCUUUUCCCACGAAACCCCAGAUCCAAACGUCAGCAUGCACUCCGUCAUGCUGCGCUUGAACUACCACCUCUGCAUGACAAUCAUCCACCAGGCGAGCAGCCGCUGCAAAUCCUGGGCCAAGGGCCAAGGCGGCGUGAUGGAUGGCGUAAGCUCCAGUUUGGCCCUCUCCGUCGAAGCCAGCCGCUCGACACUCCUCUACAUCGAAGCAGCGGAGCACGUCCUCGUCGACGGUAUCUUCUGGACCCUCAUCUUCUACCCCAUGUCCGCCCUCCUCGCCAUCUUCUGCAACAUCCUCCAAAAUCCGUCGGACCCACAGGCCACAAAGGACCUGGCGCUCCUUCGCACGGCCACGAGCAUGAUGGAGCGCCUUUUCUCGCGGCAGCCCUUCGCAGUCACUGAGAUCGUGCAUAUCAAGCUCGUGGCCGAUUUUGUCUCCGAGCUGUAUAGACUUGCCACUUGUGCUAUCGAAAAAGCGUGGAAUGAGCGUUCUGUUUAG